GGAGUCCCGGGAGCCCAGCGGAGGCGCCCCGGCGCUGUCCCGGGACACCGCGCGCAAACUUCUAAAGUUGUCCCACCUGGUUUUGUGUCUCACAGUUCGGUAGUUUGUGAUCAUGAAGCUUAUGAACUUAUGAUGAUGAUGAUGAUGAUAUUAUGAAUCAUUCAGGGAGGUUAAAAGUUAAAGUAUUUUUCAGUUUUUUAUUUUAAACCCCGCAGCUGAUGCCGAUUUAGAAGUUAAGUUCAAAUGAAAACAAAUGUAUUUUAAAUGAUGACACUUAUAAAACUACGAAGCUGAGCAACAUGACGUGAAUCAAAUACAAACGUUACAAAUCACAGGGAACUUUAAACGUACGUUUUGUUCUGCUCUCAUCGUCUGCACACUUUAAUGGUUUGUUUACGCCCCAAAAGGGCAAAUAUGCGGUUGUCGCGGUUCUCCAUCAGAUGUUUUGAAUUGCCCCCCCCCCCUCCUGAAUGUUACAUCAGAUGAAAGGCCGUCUUGACUGUUUUCAUGUUGUUCUUGUUGUGUAAUAUUUAUGAGCUGUAUAAUUAUUAGUCGACUUAGGUUAAUUAUGAUGUUCAUGUUAAGUGUCCUCAACAUGAACUUAUGUAACGCUGAGUUGAGUGUAUUUUCUUUAUUUUAUCUCUAUAUCUUCAUAAAUGUUGUAAUAUUAAUACGUUAUUAUGACUUAUAUGGUAUUUUCUCUCCUUCUUGUGUAUCAUUUGUUUCGUCUUUCAGCCGAUUAUCCCGACAGCCAGUUGAUUCUCCUUCUGUUCUUUGCCCAGAAUGAUGCUGCAGCACCCGGGUCCCUCGCUGGCCGACAUCAGCUGCUCCGCCCUGGUGCCCUGCCUCUCGCCGCCCGGCACGCUCACCCUGGACGACUUCGCCACCUUCACCCCCUUCGUGAAGGAGGAGCUGCGUGCGGCCAUCCAGACCAAGCGCCUGCUCAACGGCCUGCGCGGAGAGACCAGCUCCGACGGGGCCAGCUCCAGCUCCGACCGGGCCUCCGAGGGCCGGGCCGGGGGGGCCGGCGUCAAGAGAGAGGUCACGCCUCAGGAGCUGGAGAGGAGGAAGAGGCGGCGAGAGAGGAACAAGGUCGCCGCCGCCAAGUGCCGCAACAAGAAGAAGGAGAAGACGGAGACUCUGCAGCAGGAGUCGGAGAAGCUGGAGAGCGUCAACAGCGAGCUGAAGGCUCAGAUCGAGGAGCUGAAGCAGCAGAAGCAGCAGCUGGUCUACAUGCUCAACCUGCACCGGCCGACCUGCAUCGUCCGAGCCCAGAACGGCCAGACGCCCGAGGACGAGAGGAACCUCUUCCUCCAGCACAUCAAGGAGAGCGCCCUGCAGCUCCACGCCAUCACCUCCUCCACCCCCUCCACCUCCACCACCUACUCCUCGUCCACCUCCAUCUCCACGCUGUCGCCUCUCGACGGAGGACAUCUGACCCUCGACCACUUGCACUGUGCCGGUCACCUGUGAGACGCCGGGGGGGGGACGCUCCCGUGAGACACACGAUGGACGGACUGGUGGAGCCUCAGCGCCCCCGAGGAGGACGCCUUGCGGCUCCUCGUGGACGCCACUCGGGGGGGGGGGGGGGGGGGGCUCCUCGGUCUCAAUGACUCUCCACGAAGCUGCUAGAGACCUGGGGGCCUCCCGCUCCGCGGAGGGCCGGACGGGAAAGAGUUUGGUUUGACUUGAACAUUACGAACCGUCUCUGCCGAGGACAGAAGCCGUCGCACUAAAGAAAACAUUUACAUUUUCAUUUACUGGUGUUUUGAAUAGAUGAGAGAGAACGUUUUGUACCAAAGGAAGAUUUUUAAGGUGAACAUGGUUCGUCAUUUAAAAGUGCCCCUGAAAAGGAACGAUGGAGCGUGUGCGUGUGCACAGGCAAAGCAGGUUUUACACGGCAAGACUCUAAGGAAAGGACUCUGUCUUUUGUGCUUAUUGUUGUAUUAAGCGUUGUAUAUUUAUUUAGUAACUACUGUGCGACUCUGUCUGCUUGUCCUUUACACAACGGGAACCUGUUGACCACUCAGGACCUGAGCGCCAUGUCGAGGUUUCCGGUUCUUUGCUGUCGGGCAGCAGCAGCAUUUACAAAAGGGAAAUGUACUUUGCAGGCAGGGUUCAUCAUUAUGAUUAUUAUUUAUAUUAAAAAAAGCACUGUACCAAAUUACAAUAUGAUCAUUCAUUCAUGUAGAUGAUUACUUACUUUUCUCAAUACAUUUAUAAUUGGUGGCAGGCAAACGUAUCCCCCAUAUUGAUAACUGAGUGUGCCGAUCAGAUCAGUGUUACAGUUAAACGAGUCCAACGUACUCAGCCACAAAGGACCAGGCUGCUAAAUGCUAACCGCUAACUGCUAGCUUCAGCUUGAAGCCUUAUGGGGGAAGAAACAGGGUACACGAAGCUUGGUUAUGCACAGACGUGUAGUACUACACACCUGCAUACAGACGUGUAGUACUACACACCUGCGUACAGACGUGUAGUGCUACACACCUGCGUACAGGCGUGUUACAACGGGACGUUGGCGUUCCCGAUUCUCGUAUCAGCAGCAGAUCAACAUUUUUCUUCCUAAAGUCUCGGUUGUUGCAUCGACCGUGCGUAUGUUUGUCACACCGAAUGCCUCCCUAGACGGACUGUUUAUUAGUAGUUUCAGUAGGAUUUGUUUUUGGGGUGUUAGCUCGAUAGCGUUAGCUUGCUGUCGGCUGGACCUUCCCGACGUGAGACGUCUUGCCGGGUGUUUUGAACUUCAUCAAACAGGGAAACUGCUCCUCAGUAUUUGAGUGGCGACUGAACGCUAAACGUCCCGUUAGCUUCGGCUUAUCUUUACGCCUCGCCGCCGUCGGCCACAAUAUUUCAUGCGGCACAUUUCUGUCACGCUGUGGAAGUUUCAUGGCGUGCGUUUGGUGGAAGAAGGUCCACGUUGUUGAUUUGUGGGCGGAGUCACGCGCUUGAAGGGACGCCGGCGUUCACGCGCUCCUGGUUCAUUGAGUUGGAAUCUUCCUUCUUCUUCUGGAGGCCGUCAAGUUCUACUGCACCACUACUGCCAACGAGCACUUGCUGUCAACUUUUGUUUUUGAUAAUUUGUCAAUUAAAAAUAUGUAUUGCAAAUGUCA